CAAAUUGCAAAAGUUCGUAUGAUAAAAGCUAUUUUUAUUAUAAUAACAAUGAUGUGAUAUAUAAUAUAUUAAUCAAAGUAUUGGCUGUUGCUAUCGAUAACCUUUGUCAUUUUUCAAGUAAUAGUUUGAGAUCUAUCAUUCGCACGAAUAAAAUCUUUUUUCUCUGAUAUCUUUUGAGACAAUUUUUGGCAAAUUUGAGGCAUUCAUUUGUGAUCUUAUGAAGUUUUACAAGCAUCUUUAUACUUUGAAUGGAAUUAGUAAUUUGAUGUGCUAUAUAAAUUACGCUACGAUCAGUUAAUUAAAACAUGUAUAUAAUGUAAGUGAGUAGAUAGAAUAUUUAUUUACAUAAUUGUCGUUUAAAAUGUGAGAUAGAUCGAUCUAUUACGUGUUAACCAUUUCCUAAAAUUAUAUAAUUUAUUAUUAAAACUGUAAUGAGCAGAAGUGAGCUUGCGAUUAUGUCACUGCGCACACUUAUGUGAGUGUGUGUGUGUGAAUUUUUAAAGAUUUACUUUGAAGAAGAGAAGAAAGAAAGAAGAAAUAGAGACGGACUGUCAUCAUAGUCCAAGGUUGCAUCAUUUAUCUGAAAUUAUCCACGUGCACGUGUAUAACGAUCCAGAGAUGAAAGAGUACACGGUGACCUCGGCUUUGAAAUGUCUAAUUCGCAAGACGAGAGCGUCUUUCUUUUGGUACUUUGUACCUCUUGACUUUGAAAGUAAAAUCACUUUCAUGAAGGUUUUCCACUCAUCAAUGAAAUCAAUUUUGACAUUGGUGAUUACUUCAUCUUAUCAAAUAUGAUUUAUGUCACUUCUGCAUCCUAAAAAUAUACUGAGAUAUACCAGAAUCACCGAAAGAUUUUUAAUCAUAGACUUUUAAUCAUAGCUUUAUUGAACAAUUUAAGAACAAUUUCUCUUUAGCAUAAAAUGUCACUAGAAAAUUGUCAUUUAUCUAAUCUUCUCAAUCUUUAAUAUAAUUAUGCAAUAUUUUGUAUAUCUUAUUUUAUUAAAAUCGUAGUUAUUAUUUUAGAUACGUAAUUUAUAUGUAUAAUAAUUAAAUAUGUUAUUACAUAUUUAAUUAUUAUAUCGAACAUAAAUUGUCGCACAAAGAUGCAACGCUUUAAACAUCAACUUGCUGCUUUAAUCGUUGAUUACUUAGAAUACAACUUGCAUUCUUCUUAUACAAACUUUUUGUCAAUAAAAUUGAUUUCUGAUUACAUCUUACGAGGAAUCACACGUUUUUUUGUUAUAUUAAGAUUAUGAUUUUUAAUAUCGGCACAUGGCAAUGGAUUAUACCUUUUCAUGAUAAUAAAAAAAUUGAUGAAGAACAACGCAGCAUACAGAAUAAUUUUUAAUAAUCUUUGAAUGCAUAAUAUGUUAUGUCGUAAUUAAGUUAAAUAUAAGAAAUAAUAGUACCUAUAUUAUUAAUACGACAUGCAUUCUUAAAAUAUAAUUUCUUUUUUUAUUAUGAUACGUCAACAAUAUUGCAUUAUAGAUUGCAGAUUUACUACUUCGUGGAUAUCAUUAAUAUUUUAUAUUGUUUUCUACUUGUAUAUUUUAUCCUUCUUUUGUGAUGUCAUAUUUUUUAUUUUAUUUAUUACAUUUGACUGUCGUAAAUAUAUUUCUAAUCGUCACAAGCCAUUAUAUAAAACUUUAUUAUAUAUAAAUGGAUGCCUAAUAUCGUAUAGCAUCAAUUACUUAAAAAUGUUGAAGAUAUCUUUAGUAAUUCCUAAAACUUAAUUUAUAAAAGGAUUUUCUUUAAUAGCCUAUCCUGAAAAAUAUAUUUUAAAUAUAUUUAAAUAUUAUAUUUAAAUUAAAAGGAUUUUUUAAUUUGGUAAAAUAUAACGUUAUGUGUCGAAUAAAUAUAUAAUAAGAACCUCGAAUAAUAAUAAUUAUUUUCAUAGCAAAUGAUAGCAGCUAGCUAGUGCAAAUUCGUAAUACUUUUUGUGUGUAAUCUCUAUCUUCAGAAGGAAGUGAGAUUGGUUUGAUGAGCCUCAUAUACUUUUGCGAGUUAAUGAGAAGCAACAGAAAGGAUACGCGUUUUCGACAGUUUCAUUCAUUUCGGCGAAAUUCACAUAAAUAGAUUCACACGCGGAAAUCGUAUGCAAAUGGAUACAAUGAACAGUCUAUAGACGAAGAACACGACGCGCGAUUAUCGAAAAGCGACUGUGCAGAGAAUUUGCAGAGCAGUGGUACCAAACGGUCUCCGCUCCAGGUCGACCUCGACAUCAUCGAUCUCCACCGACGGCGAUUUCAAACGGCCAUGUAACCUUGGCCGGAGGAUAUCACAUCGUUCGUCGAGAAGACACCUUUCCCCUCCGUCUUACGGUCAACUCGAGAAAAGCAACCUUGACUGAGCGCAGCGCGGGGUUCGCAGACGAUCACCUGUAAAGGCCCCGCGCGCGUGUUGCAGCCCCCUCUCGUGCUUUCGUGCGCGCUUGGACCCCACUUGGUGUUAGCCAAUACUUAAGCCGCGGGCCCACCGCGCUGCGGACUAUUCCCGCAGCAUCGGCCGUUGGACCCAUUACAAGCACUACGUACACAAGCCCUUCCUGCACGCGUGCUCACACGUGCGAUACACGUCGGAUACUCACGCGCGGUGGACCAACUGGACCCAAGUAAUUUGUGCACCACGACACCAAGCGCAACGACGGUACGCUGGAAUAUAUGUAGCACUUACACUGUGUGUUACGACCCCGCGUAGGAUCGCGAGCGAAGGAUUUUUCGAGAGCCUCCCUUCGAGCCUUCACCGCUAUCCUUCGCUUCUAGGAAGGGGACUUCUUCGCGUUCCACGCUAGUGUCCACAUCAGUGGGACGCUAGUAGAGGCAAGUGUACGAAAGUCGAGCGGGCGAGCGAACGAGUGAGCGAGUCUCGGAUGGUCCGUUUGACGGGUAGCUCGGUUUGAGCUGCGGCCGAAACACGGCAGAGAUCGGUGACCUCUCGGUGACAGGACAAGAUAGCCCGAACAGCGGAGGAGUGUAAAGUGCAUAGUGCCGAUCGCAGCCAUCGAGCAACGAGUUCAACGGGUUCAACGGGCUGUGUGUAGGAAGGUAAGACCCGCUGUGCAUUUUCGCGACGGACUUGGAGAGGAGAGCGGAACGUUCGACCGAGCGAUCUCGUCGUUCUCGAUCGAGAACGACGAAUUUCUUUUGCGAGAAAUCGGACCGACGCCUUAAACAGACCGAUUCGCGCGAGCUACAAAAAACUGUCUCUACGAAAAUUUUUGACGAGGCAUCCUUAAGCGAAUCGCUUUAGUCUGUUUUAGGGGGGAGCGCACUGCAUUGCAGAGCAGAAAGAAUGACUUUUAAUGGAGUGAUAAAUGCGAUUCUAUUCUUGGAGGAAAUUAUGGACGAAUCUUGUCAGAGAUGCUUUUCUCUUAACUAUCUUUCUCGUGUGACGAAAAGGCGUAUUACUCUUUAUUUGGUUGGCAUUCCACCAUGACUCGCAUAUCAGAUACUUGAAGUAGUAGAGCAAUACGCUAGUGCCUUACGAAGGGUUAGUAACGCACGAGAAUUAAUCUUUUAUCCUUUAAAAGACCUAGAAAUUUUAAUGUCGCAGAAAAAUCGAAAAUUCUGACAAAGUUCAAUCUAUCGAAAUUAGUAAAAUUGUUAUUAAUUGUUUAAUACGAUGUUGUAUAAGUUUGUAUCGUAGGCUAUGACAAAAUGGGAUCAGAACCAAUCAGCAAUUUGAGAAUAAAAAAUUAAAGCCAGAGACAAAAUUUUUUAAAUGCCUUCAGCUAAUUAAAAAAUAAUUCAGGUUUAAAUUCCACUCCUAAGCAAGAUUCUAAAAACAAAAAAAGAUAUUAAAAAUUUAUGAAGAUGUUGAAAUGCAAUUUGCAGCAUGUCUAACGUUCAAAUAUGUAAACUCUUGAAAGUUCGUAAGAGCGGAGGUUUAGUUGUACAAUAUUUCACAAUCAAGAUGUUGCGCCGUAAAGUACAUUUGUACAGUCGUUGCCGGCGCGUUAGAGAAACGUUGCAGUUGCCUUAAUUCGCGCAUAAUUCUGCGCGCUAUGAACACACUACGAACGAUGCGUACUUACGGUGCAUUUCGGCAAGUGACUGAAGGGAGACCCAUAUACUUACACGAAACUAUGUGGAAAUUUUAUUUCGCACGCUUCGUCGAAAUCUCUUCUCGGCGAUGAUGCCCGAUUGCCCGUGUAUGUUGGCACGCGCACAUGGUUCACUUUGCAUGGUCAACUACCUGCCUUAAUGUAACCCCCACGUAUGUACUCAGCACGUAAGUACGUAGGCACGUGAAAUGCGUUACAUUGCACAACCACGUCGAAACGUACUGUAAUAUUCGGCACAAGGUCGCUGGACCGUUUUCGAGCCAGUUUCUUAAUAGUGCGCCGUGAUUUCGCGUAUCCAAAGAAAACGGAGUCUGCCCUUUCAACGCGACGUAAGGCAGACAGCGUAAGAACUCGCGACACGUGCGCAAUGUGAAGAAAAUUGAGCAAAUUAUGUUGAGAUCCGCUUGCGAUACUCAAGUCUAAUUUCUAAAAUUUUUUUCUCGAUAAUUACGCGGCAAAGAAGAACGUAAAUUAGGUCUGUUUUCAGGUAUGAAGCAAUUUUCAAUGUAAUAUUGCAUAAUAAAAUUAUUAGUAAAACGAGUACAAAUCAAGGACUGUUUGCUCAGGAUUUAUUGCUACAGUUAUAAUUAUGCGCUAAACGCGCAUAAACGACGUCAGAUAAUAACAGUCGUUCAUUCAUAUUAAUGUGCAAUAAUUUAUAAUUAUUAUUCAUGAUUGCGCAAACAUGAAUAGAAUUGGAAAUAAUUAGAAGAUAUAUAAAAUAAAGUAAUAUACAUAUAUAUUUUUAUAACCAACAGAAAAAACAAAUUAAAAGUAUCUAAUAUGAUAAUAAUAAAACUGUAUUAUUUUUAAUAUCCAACGAUGUAGUAUUGCAAUGUAGUAUACAACAUAAAGCGUUCAAAAUUUUCUUCUGACUGCGUUGAAGAAAAAAUUUUCUCUACAUUGGUAAAAUAGGAAUAGAAAUACAUAUUGUUUAAAUUAUAUAUUUUAAUGUGUGCGUUUCUUUAAAGAUGCAUUUAUAAGAUGUGUGCAAUUAUCUUCGAUACAUUCCAUAUUUGGUUUUUAAUUUAAUUUCAGAUUAAAUUAAAAUUUUUGUAUUUCAAUCUUAAACGUCUUUAACGUCAAACAUUUAUUGAAACUUUGAUAAAAAAAUUUUAUGCAUUCCAAUGCGACUAUCUUUGUCGAAAUAUAUAGAAUAUGUUACGACUACUUGUUAUAUCGCAGUGAACGUCCGGCAUCCUAUAAUUUUCCAAAUGAAAGAUUCGAUAACUAGUUUGCCAGUACAGUACAGACAAAGGCAUCGUUAACAAACGAUGCGUCGCAAAUUUCAAUAAAUCAACAAAAACUUUAAACAUACUAUUGAUACAUAAUUAUCCAAAUCGUCAAUAGUCACUACAUAUAUAGUGCUCCUAUCAUAAAAAAUACAAAUGUAGUUGUAAGCUUCAUAACCUUCAUAAUCUUUAAUAUUAAUAAACGGCAGUGAAAAAAGCAGAAACAAAAACUUAAAAAAAUAUUGUUACUUUGUAACACAUUUCUGAGCUCGUUAACUUUAAUAGUAUUCUUAUGUCUUUGAUUGCCUUAUUAAAUCUUAGAUGAAGAAACACAUAUAUACGAUAAAACUGCCUAGUUAAGGCUAAAUACUUCGUUAUCAACAUCGUUAGUUCUCAUCGAAGCAAACGAUGAUCACGUUGCUAAUGCAAGAAGAGAAAUACAUUUUGUGUUUACACGAAAAAUUAGAGAGUAAUUUCAUGAUACAAUAUGCUUUGAAGAUACUUUACGCCAGAAGCCAAGGCUGAAAUCUCUUCUGAAAUGGCGACUGUUGAAUUUCGAAAGAGCGGUAAUGCACCGUUGCUUUUGUCUGAAUAGAGGGCACGUGAACGUAAGCCUAAAAAUUGCAGACAAUUAUUUGUAAUUGAUUAACAGUAACGAUGCUUUCAUCUCGUGUUAUCCUUUAAUUAUCUUCUGAUUUACAAUCUUCGUCUAUCAGUUGACAUGACGAUAUUCGAUUAAUACUUAACGUUCGAUAUUAAUGUUCGAUCUGGUCUAAAUACCAUGUGCACGACCAGAACGUGAAUUUUUAAUGUAAUCACAUCGUCGAAUUGAUAUAAUUCGAAUGUUCUACUUAAGUUCGAAACAUAAAUACAUGGAUCAUUCUUUCUUCCAGUCAAGAAAAAUGCAAUUUUAGGAAAGGAGAUUUCCUUGGAUUUCUGUUCGCUAAUCUUUCAGUUCUUUCAACUGCAUAUUUCAGAUCGUUCAUAUUUAAAUCAUCUAGUACGAUCUGUUUCUUAAAGAAUUGCGACAAAUACGUAAAAACCCGUCGUUUUCGCAAACUCAGCGCGAGCAGCGCAACAUCGCGGAGUUCUAUGGGAAAUCUCAAUAUGGAAGCAACAUUAACCAAAACACGUGCUUUCACAUCGAACAAAAAGCCAGGUGCGAUUUUUACGUUUGUUGACCGUCGCGUCGGCAGUAAAAUCGCGUAAAACGUUAGAGCGAUGAAUUGGAAACUACAACGCGCCUAACAAUUAAGUCCUCUAAUAGCACUAUCAACUGAAGGCAAAGAAAACACAACUACGUAUGGUAAAAUAAUUUAUGACGCUUCUUGUUAAUUAUCCUUCAUUUCCUCCGACAAUCAAAGACAAAACUAUCGGGAGCAACUGGCUAUGACCGUAAAUUUCGGAAGAAAAGAAGGUGCACGCUAGUUGUUGCAAGUCAAUGCAUCUACUUUCUUCCUAAAAGAGAAACGUGGCUGUGAUCGAUCAUCAGAUUUUCCACCGAAGAGAAAUGCUGCUUAAUACGGAAACUCGAGAAGACGACGCGGGGAUAAUAAUAGGAAUAAGAAUGGAACAAGCUUAGAAGCGCGCACAAUUUUUCAUUGCUUUCAGUAACGAACAUCUGUGAUGGAUCGGUUACGAAUGAGUUUUUGCCAUGUAAUAAAAUCUCCAUUACUAUUACGAUAUAAUUUCUUGUUUCCUGGCGAGAUCAAAGUAAGAAAUAUAUAUUGUAAUACUAUAAAUCUCUCAAUUGAAAUAAAUAUGGAACAAGAUACGAAACGCAUGUACUGAAAAUAAAUGUGACAUUAAUUACAAAAUUGGAAAAUAUUAUGCCACAUUUAUAUCUAAUCGUUAUUUCGAUUAACUGCAAUCUUUGCAACUUAAUUUUUUUGUCACGAAUGUUACAUUGUAGCCAUUUAUAAACGUCGAUUUGCGCUAUUAUAAUUACUUUAUUAGCGCGAUCAUAAAUCUACCUCUCCUGCCGACGUAUUUCUAAAUAAACGCCAUAAUUACGCUCACGAAACGGUGAAAACAAUUCUUAAAAGUUGAUACACUUCGAUCACGCAAGAACAGCCUAAUAGCACGGAGAAAUUAGCGAAUAAUACCUCUUCUUUUUACCGUGUUAGAAAAAAAUUAUGAUGCUAACACUUAACGAGUGAACCGAGAAAAAACCCGUUUCGCGAUGCAAAAGCAGAAGAUCCUUGAGGAGAUCGUUUCCGGAUCGCGUGUCAAGAUAGCACAUGAAGAGCGAUCGCUGAAGAGGAAUCAGUAGGGAACACGGCAGUGAGGAGACAGAUGCCAAAAAAGAUUAAAUAAAUUCAGUUGUAAUUGUAAAAUUGAGAAGCAAAACAAUAAGUUCUAAUCAUUGGUAACAUCUAUAAUCAAAGUCAGUCUAUGUCAUAACCGAAGAUUUUUACACGUAUUUUGACGAGAAUCCUUUCAAUACGAGGAAGUGUAAUUUAGAUAUUCGAGUAAAAUCUGAAAGUAAAAAGACAAGAAAGUGACAUCGUGAUAAAUAUUCACUGACACAAAAACUACACGUGGAUCACCAAAGGCAUAUCACGCAUCGUAUUAAUAGACAAAGUGGCAUUACCUACUUAGCACGCUCUUCUCCGACUCUCACCACAGUGAUAGAACUCGGCAAUUCAACUAGAAUCGAAGAAAAAUUUAAACUAUAAGCAAUGACAAUGAGAAUAAUAAUAAUAAUAGAAUUUCCAUCGUCAUCACAUUGCUAUAAUUCCUUCAUAAUCUUUCUUAAUUUAAGCAUGUUCUUAUCGUUUAAUUAAUGUAUUUGAAAUAAAAAUAAUGAACAUUAUUUGAAAAAAUAAAUCAAAUAAUAACGUAAUCCAUAAAUAAAAAAAAAUAAUAAAGAACUUUUCUAGCCAAUCGUCCUUCUGUUGCCUGAAAUGUUUACCGUAUAUUCGAUUUUAUAUAUAUAUAACUAAUUUCAUUAUUAGAUUUGCAGAAUUAAUAAUUAAUCAUAUUUUAGCUUGUUCGUGACAUGUACAAAAAUAAAGAAGCUUCUUAAAGUAGUUUUACAUAGGCAUUUAUUCGCACAAUAAUCAGAUAUUAUUAAAGGAAACAGAGAUGAUAAAAACAGUCCAUAAGAUGUUCAGCGGAAAAUAGGAUUGUCCUUUUGUCGCAAUCAAUAUAUUAAUGCUAGCUUUGAUGUUUUUCCAUACGGAUAUACUUUCUUGACACGGUUGUAAUCCGGUCAACCGCAUCGACCGCGAUUCCUUAAUUUCCUAGUUACGAUCAGACGAAAUGCGAUUACAUUUUUUCAUAGAAGCUAAUAGUUCAGCUAAAUAGUCCCAGAGAACUUCAUCCGAUUUAUUGUUGCUUAUUACAACUUGUCAUAUAAUACAUAUAAAUGCAAAAUAGGAUGAUAGCGAAAGGCGACAGAUGGACUUUUAAUCGAUCAAGAAAUCGCGAAACGGGGAAGAGAAGUCGGCACCUUCAGUGCAUUCUUUGCGAUGCAGAUUAAUAUGCUUAACACAUAUUUAAGAUAUACGUAUAGCGCACAUAAGAUCUUCCUCAACCUCAUUUCUAAAUUCUUAUAGGAUAUAAUAAUUCUUUUAAAACAAGAAAUAGGGGAAACUAUUUGGCAUUCCAGAUGUUUAACGUUCCGAAAACUCUCUAAUUACUCUAAAUGAUCAGCCGAAAUAAGAUUAACCUGGCAAAAUUCAGUAACGAGAAGCAGAAAUGAUACUACACACGCAGCUUGAACGGCACUAGCUGCGCUAAAAUUCCGACCACCAGCGAUUCGCAGCGCGAAUCCUGAAAGUAAGAAGCGUACGAGAGGGAAGUCGCGAUUCAGAGAGAAUGAAAUAUAUGGAUCGAGGCGGGAACCACGAGGACGUUGAAAAUAAAAGGAAGCUGCUUCCGAGUCGUGUACGAGCACGGGCAUAUCAUCGGUGGACGGAUCUCAUGAAUACACACGGAGAAGCUGAUCGAUAAUUAACCGGACGGGACGACCCACUUACCCACUAAACUCGAAGAGCCAUCCGUCCACCGCCGCGCCGCGCCGCCUCGGCAUCAUCGUCAUCGGAAUUCUCUCUCAUUCAGAGAGAACCUACCGACGAUGACACCAGCCACACGGCGUUUCUCUCUUUCCCCUUCUCCUUCAUCUUGCCAUCAUCUCGAUUCCAUCCUCCUUAUCUCGCACUCUCGCGGCCGCGCGAUACUUUCUCUGUAUAGCGGGUACCGUUCGUCUUCACGGAUCGCAUCAUCUAGCGCCGGGAGAGACGUUCGCCGUUAACGGCGCGGAUCGAGACUCAACAUAGCAUUAGGUGCCUGGUGUAAAACGCGUGCCACUAUCUUGUUAUUGAACCUGCUGGCUCGACAUCCGCCUAGGAUGAUCGAACAUGCCGAUACUGUUAUACUGAAGUUGAAGUAUAUUGCUUAAGGUGGUAAAGAACAGAAGAUCUGUAAGAUAGAAGUGUUCUUUAACGGAUCGUUUCCGUCUUACGAGAUAACGAGAACAUCUAUUUUCGUGACUUUCAAACAGAUUUCUCAUUUGUUUGCAAUCGGAAAUAAUAAUCGGAAUAAACGUAAAAGUAGGUUCAAAUUACUCAUAUCUUCUGGUCUCUCAUUAAGGUUCCAGAGCGAAGGUUGAAGAAUAGAUUACGAUAGUCUAGCGUAAACGCGCGCAGGGUUGCACGUGAACAAAUUCGUCGAGUCUUGACCCCACAGUUGGGCCUUAAUGGAAAAUCUACGUGUGUGAUACUUUCACUUAAGCAACGUAUAGAAAUAUUUCUAGAAACUUAGAUCGUUAACCCAGUUCUCCGUUUUAAACAGCAGAAUGCAACAUGUACCUUUGCGUCAUCCUUAAUUCAAUCCCGUCGAUACCAUCGACAUCGAUUUCGGCAUCGGGAUCGGUUUUAGAUGACUAAUAGUCCAAGUGCACUAAUAACGAAAAUGCGCAUCCCCCGUUAUGGAGGAAAGAAAAGUGUAUAUCGAUAUCGCGCCGCGAUAAGAUCAUGGAAUGCAGGCUGCGAGGAUUACGAGCGAGCGAGCGAACGCGAGAGCUAGUGUCUCCGUCUCGAGACGAUGCACAUGCGCACAAUACAUACACAUACACAUAAAAAUGAUUGUAGAAGGAAUCACCAAUUAAAUCGGAGGAAAAGACGAAGGGUCACGCAACGACAUUGAGAAACCUUCGGUCGCGGUUGUACGUAUCCGUUGCUCCCAUUUUUGCGGUCUGCGGAAUUGCAAUAUCAAUUACGCAAACGCGCGAACUCUCUGUUGGCCUUAGAACGCCAGCCGCAUGUCGAUGACUAAAUCGCGGUUCGUUAACUUCUCUGGUCUACUUAUCGCUUGUUCAUCUCCCGUGUCUAAGGGGAUUUAUAAGUACAUUUCGAUGCCCGCGCGCAAAUGCAGCACAAUGUAACCAUCGUGAUAGGUAACGCCGAUCUGUAAUUCAACGAGAUUGUGCCACAUCUGACGAACGAUCGGAAAAAGAGCUGUUUCCGAUCGAAACAGCAUAAAAGCAAUAAAAGGUAACAUUGUAAGAAGUUCGCAAAGGUGCCACUUGAAGUUCUUUCUACUAGAGUUACGACUAACGAGGUGACAAUUUUAUAAUGCCACAAAUCUUACGUGUAUAUAAGAACGUCAUUUGCAUCAUUCUUAUGUAUACCAGCACGAUUACACACGUUGCAUCAUAAUCACAGAAAUCAUGAGUAAUACAAUUUGCUACAAAUCACUGAAGGUGUCAUCAAGCCCUUUCUCUCGUGCGGCGUGCAAUUCUCUAAGCUUUCUUCCGAAAAUGACAAUGCGUGAUUCGGCCAGAAAUGCACAUCAGAAGUCUGAGUUACGUCACGAAUACGGAAACCGCAGACCGAGUGUUACAAAUCGCGAAGAUGUCAUAGAGCGGCUGACGUGAGUCUCCUCCUUCGACGAGCGCCAACAGUGUCAUUCCACGUAAUAGUUGAAUGAAAAAAGUCACCGGCAAGAGUUUCCGUGGAUGAUUACGUGGUGCCUAAAUCGGGUGCGGAAGAGAAAUUCGUUUGCGAUUUAGGCGAUUACGAGGCGAUUAUGAGCUGUCUCCGCGUGUCGUUACGCGAAUCCGUUGUUGCGUGCGAGCAUUCGCGCGAUUCAUCGCUAAUAAUGACGAACCGCGAUGCAUCCACGGGUGACACCCGCAAAACGUACGAUAGACCGAUGCGUGUUGCGGUACGCGAGAUUACGAAAUUGAUUUCUGUCGCGUUGUGGACGACGAGAAAGUGUCACUUGCGAAUUAGCGCUUGUAGCUCGCCGGCAAUAAUCACGAGUAACGGCGAGUAAAGCUUCUGAAUAUCGAAGCCUCUGCGACGAAUGCGACGAGUGCAAAGCAUUACUGCGUUGGACAAUAAUGAAUUAUCGUCCACAUCAUAAUUACCUCACGAUUACGCGAAGAGCUUAUCGGAAAAUAUGAUCAAGCUGGUCACGAGCGAUUGCGUGUGUAUCGGCCGUGUAAAUCCCGUGGAUUACAAGAAUACUCUCCGGCGAACAAGACCAAGAACUAUGAUUUAUGUCGGCUGCUGAUCUAUUCUCGGUAUUUUUAUCGUCGCGAAUGUAAUAGAUUGCAGAUUCAGGUGAUACAUAUUUGUCAGUAAAAUCACGGAUCGUUGUUACGAUUGAAUGACACGUGAUAAUUAAGUUGAAAUAAAAUUAUUCAAAAAUGCAGACGUAAAUAACAAAUCUUUUCCGUAUUGCGAUUCCGGUUUCACGGAACAGGCUGAUAAAGUACGCAAAAGAUUUUAUAUUUAUUUUAUGUCCUCAUAAUGAAUUGCUUAAUCUGUAUUUCCAGCUAAAGAAAGUGGUUAUUUUACGUUUUACCAAAUUUUUAAAUGGAUACAGAUACGUGCAUAAGAGAAGAAGAGAAGAGAACGAAAGUUUAUUUGGGCAUAUAUUAUAGAAGUGAAUCGCUUUCAAAUCUGCAUACUCAUAUAAAACAUAUACAAAUUUCUGCAUCUUAUACAAUCUGAUACAGCUAUACAUAUAUAUACGCUACUUUCUCCUUUUCGGCACGACUAUGUUACAUUACUUUCCUAAAAUUCAAGUUUUAGAAUUUGAUGGAAAUUUCUCUUUAUACGUGUGGAAUAGAUUCAGAAGCGAUAUUUUUUUCAGCACUCCAUAACUUAUAAAUGACAAAAAUUGUUUAUUAAUCUUACGAUAAAACUGAUCCUUAAACGUUUCUAUUUGAUACCGUCAAUGGCGAUUUUUUUCUCACAUAUGCAUUUCAUACAACAAAAUACAGAUAAAUAUAGUCUACAAUUUGUGAAGCAUAAUGCAUAAUUUGAAAAUGGUGCAUAUCAUAAUAAACGCCGAGAUUAAAGGGUUAAUCUGUUAACAACCAUUAAUAUACGUCUAAUCUUAAAAUCGUAUCAUUCGAGAGCUUCAGUCUUUAAAUGCAGUUGAGAAAUCGUUAGAAAUCAGUAGCAGUUAAUCUCUGUCCCUAGUUAAUGGCGAUGCGCACAAUUUAACACAAUAUAGAAUCAUAUGCACAUCUGUUCGCUUAAAUGGUGAGAAACGCGUAUUAAAAACUAUUUAAUAUAUUUUUUUUUUUGUUAAAUUAAAUAUGUAACAUUUAGCUUUAACUCUUAUUUCAAUUAUUCUUAAAUUUUUUGCGCAAAGUUAUAAUGCAUUUUGUUAGAAACUCAGUACUUUAUUAAAUAAGAGAAAUAUAGAUUAAACAAAUUAAUCAUAAUUUGCCAGGUAAUUUUCUGCCCUAUUUGUACAUAUAAAUUAUAUCUUUUUUAAAAAUACUCGUAAGUUUUUAUUUGUAAGACUUUAAUUCCGCACAUUGCGUUUGUUGCGUUCUUAUUGGAAGAAUUUAUUAGUUCAUUAAAAAAUAAGAUGAAAGACGAAAAAAAUAAAAGAACGACGGAAACAAAAGGAGAAUGACGAAAGGGAAGGAAGGAGGAGACCGGUUCGCAUCCGUACAUAAAGUCGCAGCGAAAGCGCGACAUGAUGACGAUGACUUCGCGAUAAAGCCGGAAUCCUUAAUGACAUCCUCGACAUCAUCCUGACCUCUCGCGUUCCACGUCAAAGCAACGUUCGCUUUGAUCGACGAUUAGAAUUACAGAUAUGUGUAAUCGCACGCGUGAGCGGAAAGAGUUAUCCGCAAAUCUCUCACGCCAUUGCUAGUUGCAUCGUUUAAGAAGGUGCAAUCCGGCUGACGGGAUAUACAUGUCUCUCAGAUGAUCAUAAGUGUGAAAUGCACAAAAAAACGUCAAAUACGUAUUAAUUAUCUUAAUGAGUUAAUGUUCCACAGAACACUAGGCUCGGAAAAGCCAAUAAAGUGAUUUUUUCUCGAUCCAUUUAACGAUACGUGUUGUUUUGCUAAAAAUGAUACGUAUAUAUUAUUUUCGCGAUUAUAAACACAAAAUUAUGGAUGCCUAAAUAAAAAUUCUGAUAAACAUCUUGAACAUUGUUUUAUCCGUACCGAGUAAGCAAUUUCAGUUGCGCUCGCGUUCUAAUACAACUCGGCAAACACAGAUCGGACCGAGUUAGACAUAAAGUGAGUGGAACUGCAUACUUUUACUAAACCCUGAUAUGUAGGGCUAUGAAAUUCUAUGUGAUUUUGUCAGGGCAUUUAACCCUCUCAUCAUUAAACGAGGAAAACUUAUCAGAUUGUUAUGUAUGUUAAUUCCGUAUUCAAUUCAAUUUAUUCUGUAUUAUAAAUCAAUAAAGUGAUAAUAAUUAACAUGUACAUGUUAAUAACAUAAUAUAGAGGAAUAUCAAAAGAUUUUUCAUGACACACGCAUACACAAGAUGAUUAAUAAUACCUUGAGAGCUGUAAAAACACAUGUGUUCACGUAUAUCACUUUGUAAAACGUGAUAUGUUUCUUUCACUUAUUAGUCGCUCCGAUAAAUCAACGUAUUACAGAUAUAUAAACCUUUUUGAUCUUUUGAUUCAGCUGAAUGUGUAAAAUACAUGUUUAAUAACAUUUAUUGAUAUUUUUAGGCAAAAUGGCGUCGGCAGCAGCAGAAUUGGUGGCGGAAAGAGAGCUAGAGCCAAGAAUCGAGAUGACGGAUUCAAACAGGACCUUCGUGGGUGCACAGGGCCUGGUCAGAAUGGCUUUGGAUCAGUAUACAGAGAUCCUCACGACCGUUUCUGAUCCACGUGUUGGCGACUGGCCGCUAAUGGAUUCACCUGUACCUACAAUCCUUAUCGUGCUUCUUUAUCUGUACGGCGUUGUCAUAUUCGGCCCACGCAUGAUGGCCAAUAGGAAGCCAUAUAAACUCAAAAGAGUUCUAAUAGCGUACAAUGCAUUUCAAGUCGUCUUCUCGCUAGGAAUGCUAUACGAGCAUUUAAUGUCCGGAUGGCUGUUGGACUACAGUUAUAAAUGUCAGCCAGUCGAUUACUCCCACAAUCCGUCCGCUCUAAGGAUGGCAAAUCUCUGCUGGUGGUAUUUCAUCAGCAAAUUCACGGAAUUCGCUGACACGAUAUUCUUCGUCUUACGCAAGAAGGACAGUCAGGUGACAUUCCUACAUUUGUACCAUCAUUCUCUAACACCCUUGGAGACGUGGAUCUGUGUAAAAUUCAUUGCGGGCGGUCAUGGUACCCUGGGCAAUCUUAUAAACAACGCGGUGCACGUAGUGAUGUACGCGUAUUACAUGUUAGCAGCGAUGGGCCCGGAAUUUCAGAAAUACUUAUGGUGGAAGAAACAUUUAACCAAAGUGCAAUUGGUGCAGUUCUUCCUGGUGUUCGUGCAUAGCGCGCAGGCCCUCAUUUUCGAUUGUGGUUAUCCAAAGCUGGUGGCUACCCUUCUUCUACUUCACGCGACAAUCUUCUUCGUGCUCUUCUCCGACUUUUAUCAGACUGCUUAUCGUAGAGAAAAGUCCCGAAAAGUUACGAAAGAACUCAAGGCUGAAUGAAUAGAAACACAUGAAAUGCUGUAUAGCAACAUGAAAGAGAGAACCUUUGUUCGGAUGCUGUAUGAAACACACACAUACAUACACGCACGCACACAUACACGCCGCAGCUCGCCAAAUAUUGCUCCUUUUUACACCAGUGAUCGGACUUCGAGAAUUGUUUUUACGCUCGUUCAUGUAUCGAACGAGAAAUUCAACGAACUGUCAUAAAAUGUCAUAUAUUCGAAGACACAGUCACUAAUAAAACAUAAAUGAACGCUCCAAGUAAGCACGGUAGAAUUAUCAUAAUUGUUGAUUGUUCUAUAAGUGAGUAUUAAAGCGGUUAAAGUGAUGAUUACAGAGAAAAGUAAAAGUAUCAUGAGCAAAAGUGUACCAUUCGCCGGCAUAAUAAUAGUUCUUAUAAUUCUUCUCUACCGCAAUCAAAAACUCACAAGAAAGAACGAAGAAAAA